AAUGUCGGUCAAUUCGCACCUGCCCCGUCACAAGCUCAAAAUACGACCACCUAUCAAUCCUCGGAGAGAUCGAUAAAUACAAACACGACACAGCAGAUGGACUACGAGCAGGCAGGCAUAGACUUUGUAUUAACGUAGGACAACCCUCUUUGAUACUGGAAUGGAGAAUGGACUUGGCCCCCAAUCCUCAAUCUUCUUGAGCUCAUAGCCAGAGGCGAUCACCGACUUUUUGCAACAUUGUUUUCAUCUCAUUCAAAGUCUUGUGCAAAAUAGCUAACCAAUUGCAUAUGGCCUUUUUGCCACUCUAGUCUCGAGCAACCUUGUAUGGACCACGUCCGCAUAAUGCGGAAGAUAGCAGACGAGACAUGUCUGCCCUUAGGUCAUGCAGCAUUGGGGACCUGUCCACUCGACUUGAGGAGUAACGCUAGGCUGCCGCCAAACUACGAGCCUGGUCCAAUGCUUGACGACGGCACGGUACAUACUGGUGAGCUGUCGAGGGCGGAUCUUGCGACUCUGCUCGAUUUAAGCUCGAAGCUCAACCUGGAUGGAGAAAUCACGCCCAUCAUGGCAUGGGGAGCACUCAUGAACCACCCGCGAAUCAGGGAGAUGGGCUAUGCUGAUUUCCUUCGGGUCACGGAAGAGUUGCAAGGGAAAGUCCGCUGUUAUGGGUCAGUCGUGGAAAGCCUUCGUCAAUGCAUUAGACUGUGUUGUAUGCUAACAGUAACACCCUCAGAUUCGGCGCUGUUUUUGAGGACUUUGAGCUUCGCGAUGCACUCGAGGCUGUCCUUGGUUCGAAAUCGGGCUCUCCGAUGCUCGUUUGUUGAUCAAUUUUCAUUUUUGGGGUAGAUGUCUGGCGGGUUCCUUUAAUUGAUAUACCAGGGACUUGACUUAGUCUCAAUCAACAUUCUCAUUCCCAUCGAAACUUUUCU